CACGCUCAGUCACUGUGAGGUGAAAUGGCAACACAAGGACUUCAGGUAGACCAAGGAAAUAUUUCUUGUUCCAUCUGUCUGGAUCUACUGAAGGAUCCGGUGGCUAUUCCCUGUGGACACAGCUACUGUAUGAACUGUAUUAAAAGCUUCUGGGAUGGAGAGGAUCAGAAGGGAAUCUACAGCUGUCCUCAGUGUAGGCAGACCUUCACACCGAGACCUGUCCUGGUGAAAAACACCAUGUUAGCUGAUCUAUUAGAAGACCUGAAGAAGACUGGACUCCAAGCUGCUCCUGCUGAUCACUGCUAUGCUGGACCUGAAGAUGUGGUCUGUGAUUUCUGCUCUGGAAGAAAACUGAAAGCCAUCAAGUCCUGUUUAUUCUGUCUGGCCUCUUACUGUGAGAAACACCUUCAGCCUCAUUAUGACGUGGCUCCAUUAAAGAAACACAACCUGGUGGAGCCCUCCAAAAACCUCCAGGAGAACAUCUGCUCUCGUCAUGAUGAGGUGAUGAAGAUGUUCUGUCGUACUGAUCAGAAGUGUAUCUGUUAUCUCUGCUCUGUGGAUGAACAUAAAGGCCACGACACAGUUUCAGCUGCAGCAGAAAGGACUGAGAGGCAGAGAGAGCUGGAGGUGAGUCGACAAGAAAUCCAGCAGAGAAUCCAGGACAGAGAGAAAGAUGUGAAGCUGCUUCAACAGGAGGUGGAGGCCAUCAAUCACUCUGCUGAUAAAACAGUGGAGGACAGUGAGAAGAUCUUCACUGAGCUGAUCCGUCUCAUCCAGAAAAGAAGCUCUGAUGUGAAGCAGCAGAUCAGAUCCCAGCAGGAAACUGAAGUGAGUGGAGUCAAAGAGCUUCAGGAGAAGCUGGAGCAGGAGAUCACUGAGCUGAAGAGGAAAGACGCUGAGCUGAAGCAGCUCUCACACACAGAGGAUCACAACCAGUUUCUACACAACUACCCCUCACUGUCAGCACUCAGUGAGUCUACACACUCAUCCAGCAUCAAUAUCCGUCCUCUGAGAUACUUUGAGGAUGUGACAGCAGCUGUGUCAGAGCUCAGAGAUAAACUACAGGACAUUCUGACAGACAGAUGGACAAACAUCUCACUGACAGUCACUGAUGUGGAUGUUUUACUGCCACAACCAGAACCAAAGAGCAGAGCUGGAUUCUUAAAAUAUUCAUGUGAAAUCACACUGGAUCCAAACACAGCACACACACAUCUGUUACUGUCAGAGGGAAACAAAAAGGUGACAAGAAUGAAUCCACAUCAGUCUUAUUCUAGUCAUCCAGACAGAUUUACUGGACGGUGGCAGGUUCUGAGUAGAGAGAGUCUGACUGGACGUUGUUACUGGGAGGUGGAAAUGAGAGGAAACGUUUCUGUAGCAGUCGCAUACAAGAAUAUCAGCAGAGCAGGAUGGGGGAAUGAAAGUGGAUUUGGAUUUAAUGACAAAUCUUCGUCAUUAGAUUGUUACCAAAACAGUUAUUAUUUUCGGUACAACACCAUCAGAACCUCCAUCUCAGGUCCUCGGUCCUCCAGAGUAGGAGUGUAUCUGGAUCACAGAGCAGGUAUUCUGUCCUUCUACAGCGUCUCUGAAACCAGGACUCUCCUCCACAGAGUCCAGACCACAUUCACUCAGCCGCUCUAUGCUGGACUCUGGAUUUGGUCUGUUGGAUCCAGUGCUGAGUUGUGUGAAGUGAAGUAAAGUUAUUUUCUCUGCUUGUUGCUGAGACUUCAUUGUUGUGAUGUCUCUGCUCUGCUGUUCUGUUGUUUAUUUGACUUUUUUUUAUUUGCUGGUUUUUCCUGUUUGUUUCUUUUUGGAGGAAAUCACUGUUAAUGAUGAUUUUUAUUUCCAUCAACAUGAAAAUCUGAACUUCUCUGUUCUCUAAAUAUGUGUUGAAUAUUUGUAUUGAUGUAUUUGUAUGUUGUUGUUUCUCGUCCACUUCAUGGAGCCAAACAGAGAAACCAGCAGACCUUCCUUCAUCACACAUUAUUUUACUCUCAACACUUUGGAAAUGUAAAAAUCAUUUUCUACUUGAAAUUACUUUUAGUUGUUCUAGAGAUCAGAUGUUGUUGUUUUUCUAAACCAACAAACAAACAAGGUUUCUAAUGAUGAUGUUCAGAAAGGCUCAUUUCCAGGAUCAGAAUAAAUGAGAUCAUUCAUCAUGUUUAAUGUCAGAACAAAGUCAAUUUUUCCAAACAAAUAAACUUUGAAAGAAUGAACAAA